UUGCCUUCUCAUUUAACAGUUUAAAUGGGAAAGAAGAAGAAAAAUGAGCAAGAAACCAAAGUGGUCGUUGCAGAAUUCAAAGUAUCAAUGCACUGCAAUGCAUGUGAAAGAAUAGUUGCCAAAACCCUAUUGAAAAUCAAAGGGGUGGAGCAGUUUGCAACAGACAUGAACAGCCACAAGGUUGUGGUAACGGGGAAAAUUGAUCCAGAAAAGAUUUUGAAGAAACUAAGGAAAAAGACGGGGAAGAAAGUAGAGAUUAUUGAUGACAAGGAAGAAAAACCAAAAGACGCGUCUGAUGAAGGAAAUUGGGCAAGACCAUUAAUUGUUCAUCCAUUCAUGUUUGAUUGCUGCAAGGAGAGCGAUCAGUUACUUAUGAUGUUUAGUGAUGAGAAUCCAAAUGCUUGUUCCAUAAUGUAAAGAGGAUAGCAUACCUACAUUUUGUGGUUUGGUUUAUUUGAGAUUGGACAUUAAUUGGAAGUUCCACACGUACACCAUUUUGGGAA